GCCAUGCGGAACCCAUAAACACUCCUUCUUUGUGGUCCUCAUAAUGCCCAGAAGAACUUCACGCCAUGCUCAAGCUUCUCUCCCCUCUUCGACCCAUAGCACUAUCAUGGCGAUCAACGCCCUCAAUAUCGCAUCGCGCCGCUUCCAAUUGGUCCGUUACGGUCGGUCUACCAGCGACUCCAGAACCGACAGAGUAUUACAAGCCCGGCGGAUAUCAUCCUAUCAGGAUUGGUGAAGUCUACAACAACUCGUACAGGGUCGUCCGACGGCUCGGCUGGGGCAGGUACUCUACAGUCUGGCUCGUCCAGAACAUCAGCGACAAUGGGUAUGGUGCUAUGAAGGUACUAGUAGGUGAACUUGCCACACAGAAGGCACUGGCCGUGUGGGACGAGCUCGAGAUCAUGAAGACACUCCGCGACACCAACCCACAUGCUCCCGGCCAUUCCCACAUCUGUCACAUUCUGGACAAUUUCACGUAUGAGGGGCCUCAUGGGAAGCAUAUCUGCCUCGUGCUCGAGCCUAUGGGCUUCAGUGUAUUAGACAUCUACUGCGGUUUCAAAGCCGAGAUGCCCUUGUUUCUAGUCAAGCGCAUCUCCAAGCAACUCCUUCGCGCACUGCAGUAUAUGCACGACGACUGCGGGAUCGUUCAUACAGACCUGAAGCCGGAUAACGUUCUCACCAUCGGCCUGCCCCCCGAGAGCGGACAGAAAAAGGAAAUGACACAGAGCGAAUUGUCGCGUCUCAUGUUCAAGCUUACUGACUUCGGCGCUGCCAAUAAGGUGUCUAAGCCUGGCCCGCAGCUCAUCCAACCCGAGAAGCUCCGCGCUCCUGAAGUGAUCAUCGGCGCCCCAUGGGAUACCAAGGCGGACAUCUGGAAUCUGGGUUGUCUGGUGUACGAGCUGGCGACUGGCGACGUGCUGUUCAAUCCUCACACGAGCAAACGGCACAAGGACAUGGACCACGCUGCGACACAUCUAGCGCAGAUCGAGGGACUCCUCGGGCAGUUCCCUAUCCGCUUCUUGGAGCAGGGGAGAUUCGGUGGGCACUACUUCAGCAACGAAGGCCGCCUGCUCCAUGGUUCGGGACUGUUCCGUUCGUCUAUUCUGGACCAUCUACAGAGGCUGAGGUAUUUACAAGAUGAUUUGAACACGACCGCAGACUUCUUAGCACGAACCCUUGCUAUCGAUCCACAACGACGUUGGUCGGCUACACGAUUACUGGAGCAUGAAUGGUUACACGGCGUUGAUUAGAUGUACAUGUACCCACUAUUCGC